CACGUAGUUGGACGAAGAAGAAGAAGCUGUUGCUCCUGAAUUAGCACUCAACAACAGUUAGCUUUGUGAUUGACGGACAAGAUGUCAGAGCAAGCGUUAACAGUGACAGUUGCAUACGGUUCCACGAAACACAGCAUCACAGUCACCAGCCAAGAUGGCGCUAGCGGACCACGAGUGCGAGACCUCUGUGAUGUUCUCGCACAGGUCACUGGAGUUCCACAGGGCUCACAGAAGAUCAUCUUCAAAGGAAAAUCGCUGAAGGAGCCAGAGGAGAGUCUGUGCAGCCAUGGAAUCAAAGACGGGUCCAAGCUGAUGAUGAUCGGGAAGCGGAAUAGUCCGGAAGAAGAAGUGGAACUGAAGAGGUUGAAAGACAUCGAGAAAACUGUGGAGCAGACGGCGAAGAAGCUGGAGAAGAUGGACGACGAGCUGACGGGACUCAGGAAUGGUUUCCUGGCCAAAGACCUGCAGGCGGAGGCUCUGGGGAAACUGGACCACCGAGUCAAAGUGACGGCGGAGCAGUUCAUGAAGCUCCUGGAGCAGAUCGAUGCCAUGAGCAUCCCUGAAGUCUUCAGCGACUGCAGGCUGAAGAAGAAGAGGCUAGUGCAGUCGGUGCAGGCUUUCCUGGCGCAGUGUGACAGGAUAGAGGCCAGUAUCUCAGACCAUCUCACCAAGAUCCAGACCAAGAAUCUGGCCCUGGCAGAGUGAAGCCACACGGACUCUCUGAGCGGAGGAGAGUGUGUCCACGUCCUCAGCUUCCACAAAGGGAGCCUCAUCCAACAGCUUCAUUGAAACAGAACAGACUGAUGUAUUUAUGGUGAAGCUGCUGCAGGAAGUCACGCGGCUCCUCUUUCUAAAGUACUGCUGUGUGACGAGUGAAGGAGUCGGAUGGAGCGGAUUAAUGUGAUUAUUUGAUUUCAAACCGCCGUUCUUAAACAAAGAAAUGACAAGCGAACUGCACUCAGGAUGAAUUUGACUCGAAGGCGGAGCUGGAAGCCCUAGAACAAGUCAUAUCGGUUACAGCUAGCCGCCACUUUGGGAGGCAGAAACGAGUCACAGCCAGGGAGUCUCUGUUGAGUUGUAACAUUUUAUUGUAAUGAAUAAAUACCUCGGCAACACAACCAUGAUCAGAGUGAUU